GUGGCAUGGCGCGUGUUUCUGCCUUGAGGGGGGAUAAACGUUGGACCUAACGGCUUUUUUACGUGAACCGUUACCGGUUUCAGAGCACCGCUGACCCCAUCGCACCAUGUCAGAUCCCGAUCUUGACUUCACGGUUGGCGAGUCUGGCGCCUCCGCCACGUACCCCAUGCAGUGCUCUGCUCUGCGUAAGAACGGGUACGUGGUGCUGAAGGGACACCCCUGCAAAAUUGUGGAGAUGUCAACCUCCAAGACUGGCAAGCACGGACAUGCCAAGGUUAACAUGGUUGGUAUCGACAUCUUCACCAACAAGAAGCAUGAAGAUAUGUGCCCCUCCACCCACAACAUGGAUGUUCCCUCCAUCAAGAGGAUAGAUUACCAGCUGAUUAACAUCAAUGACGGCUACAUGUGCCUCAUGAGCGACACCGGUGACAUCAGGGAGGACCUGCGUGUCCCCGACAGCGAAAUCGGCAGAGAAAUCGAGGGAAAGUUUGAAGCUGGUGACGAAUUCAUGGUCACCGUCAUCGCUGCCAUGGGCGAGGAAUGUGCUGUCGCUACGAAGGUCUUGGCCAGCAAAUAAGGAGAAGACGGACUCUG